AUGGCCCUCUAUCUCCCGCAGCCCUCGAAUUCGUACGGUAGAGUGGUACAUUCGCGUCCAGAGGGUUCUUUCGUCGCCCUCCCCCGCCCCUUUGCGGCUCGUUCGGAAGCCAUUCGGAAUAGUAGGCAGUACAAUCGCGGUCAAAAGCGCAGCAGAGCCGGCACGCAGUGUCAAGUGGGGGCGCUAGGCAUCGACGAAAGCGUGUCAAGGCAUAAGAUACGCGUGUAUGUACAGUCGUUACGUAAAGCGAUU